CUUCGGGACCACGAAUACCGAUAUGACACAACAGGCUUGACAUGUGGCCAUGCCCCAUGGGUUCACUUAAUACACAAGGACUUAGCGACAUUUGGCUAGGGCUGAUCUAUUCAGGCAAAGACUAGACCAUAGGGCCAUAGCCUUUCGAUAUGCCCCGUGGACAUCAAAAGCGGUCACGACACCCUUUGAGGAUCCUUUCCGACUUCACCUGCAUUCUCCACCACAUACCAACUUCAGUCACUCCUUCGGCACGCCAAUUGCUCACUAUGGCACCACGCUCGCUUCUCCUUGCGGCUCUGUCCGCCUCGACCUCCUUCCUCGCGCAAGCCGCCCCAGCCGCACGCAGACAGGAAGAUAACCUUGCUCGUGACCUCGCCACUUUGAAGGCUUUCGCGGAAACCAUUACCGAAGACCCGCAAAACAUCAAGGCCAACUGGACUGCAGCCGGAGACGAUGUCUGCCAGUGGGCUGGUGUGACUUGCGCUGAGCGUCCAGAUGGAGUCCUUGCUGUUGCUGGUAUUGACUUCAACAACUACGAAUUCGGCCCGGCCCUGCGAGCAGACCUCAUCCUCGACAAGCUCUUGGAUAUCACAUUCUUCCACGCGAACUCCAACUCCUUCACUGGAACACUUCCAGAUGUCUCGGCUCUGAAGUACCUGUACGAGGUCGAUUUCUCCAACAACCGCCUGUCUGGAAUGUUCCCGUUGGAGAUUCUCAAUGCUCCGCUGACAUUCUUGGAUCUGAGAUUCAACAACUUCAUCCGCGAGCUGCCAGAGAAGCUUUUCCAGAUGACUGACCUCACAGUUAUUUUCCUGAACAACAAUGCCUUCUCCGGCCCAAUCCCAGACAUUGGCCCAACCUUCAACACCUCGUACAUUACUCUCGCCAACAACAACCUCACCGGACCCAUCCCAGACUCCUGGGCCAACAACCAAGCUCUUACUGAGCUCCUCAUCGCGAACAACACCGAGAUUACCGGCGUCAUCCCUGACAAGCUUUGCGCGCUGCCAAACGUCACGCUUAUUGAUGUCAGCGGAAACAGCGGCAUGACCGGUCGUCUUGGACCCAAGUGCAGACAGUAUGCGAAGGAGGCGGACAGAGAUGCCAAGAACCCACCAAAGGACAACUCGACCAUUGCGAGAAUCUUCAACAUUGAGGGUACUGGAUUGACGCUUUAGAUGUAGGUCCCCGGGUAAGGUGAUUGCUCAGGAUGCUGAGACCAAUUCAAAAUAAACGAAAAAGAGGAACACAAAGAGGACCAGCACCGGAAGGCCGUGCCCUUCGAAUAUACAUCGACCACAAGAAUUCCAUUUGCGAC